CGGUGGCUUGGGAGGCAAAUUGGUGAAGAGGAUGAAACGAUUCGGUGAUACUGUGAGUUUCCUGGGCUACGGUCAUACUCCGUGUCAGACAUCUGGCUAAUCGAGAUGACUCCCCAACUGCAGUUAAACCCUGAUGACGCGUACCUAAGCUGUGAGUUUAUGCUACGGGUCCUUCUGAUGGAUGUUCCGUCGUGGCAUUGAGAAUCCAACUGAUUGGGCUUGUUCAUGAAUAGAUCAUGAUAUUCGAUUAACCAGAGGCGACAUGCAAUCUUUAAAAGAUGACUGGCUCACCGAUAAUGUAAUCUCUUUCUGGGAAGAAUAUCUCGAGCGGGAAUUCCUCUCCCAUUCCAAAUCCGCCAAUAUCGUUCUUCUGCGCCCCAGCAUGUCCUUUAUGAUUCUCCAGACUCCAGACCCUCGAACUCUCCGCGAGGCCCUACCGGACUUUUCCCGUACUACGCAUGUUUUCCUGCCGAUCAAUGAUUGUCGUAACGUCACCGAAGCUGAGGGCGGCACACACUGGUCAUUGCUGCUCGUAUCGAUCGUUGACGGCCUCGCUUUCCAUUAUGAUUCCCUGCCCCCUGGAAACUUCUGGGAGGCGCAGGCUGUGACGAUGAAGUUAGGGAAUUUGUUGAAUCGGAAUAUCCGAUAUGUUCAUCUGGAAGACUCGCCCGUUCAGGAGAACGGGAGUGACUGUGGGGUGUUCGUCUGCUUGAGCAUGCGGUAUCUUUUGUUGAAGCGAUUAUUGACAGCGAAUACGAACGAGAAAGUCAGUUUGAGUCUAGGCGGAAGAAAGGUGGAUGCGAGAUCCGGCCGGAAGGAAAUCGCGCGGAUCAUUGAGGGGUUCAGGAAGGAGGGGGAGAGGCGAAGAUCGGCGAGUAUGAGCCCGAUGGGUCAUAGGUCGACAAGUCCGCCUAGGAUCGAGUGAUGGGUGAGGUUUUCUGUAUAAAUUGAAGGGACGGCUUUAAGCUGUUGGAAGGACUCUUAUUAAUAAGGGACGGAGAGGGGCGGUUAAUGUUUUUACAACCCGUCCCCUCUCCUCUCUAUUCCGACUUCACUACAUUGUUAGUUCAUCAUUACGCACCGCUACCCUUUGGCAGUGGAGGGUCUACAAUCCUACAAACCCAUGGCCGUCGGUUGCUUGAAUUGGGAUGGAUGAAAGACGCUGAGCAUGGCUGGCUGGCUGGCUGGCUGGAUGAGCGUUCUUAACAUGAUCAUCUUUGGCUUUUCAUUCUGUGUUUAUUCAGCAAUGACAUGAUACCUCUGUUCUCUCGAGCCAGACUAAUAAGCUAUCGCAAUGCAUAUUCAAUGAGAUGUCAAGGUUGACUCGGCUUUGUCUGUGCUUCGUGUCUCUGAUAGUGUAUGAUUCGAGGACUAACUCAUCCCAUGUACAGUACCUAGCCUUUCAGCCGAAUGUACAGUAG